AUGAGCGCUAUUGAAGACCUUGAAAGAGCCAAAGAUGUUGGUGAAGUGGCCACGGAUGAGGACUCUUAUAAUGAGGAAGAAGACGAGGAUUUUGACCCUUCCAAAGAGGUGGAUACUCGUGGAGGUGACGAAGCAGAGGAUGAUGAUAACGAAGAUAAUGACUACAACGAACAGGGGCCAGACUACUCAAACAUUGAAAGCGGACAAGGUGGCCUCGUACGCACGAGACGCGGGAGGGCACUAGAGGAACUGCGCAUGCUGCAGAACCGGUACGAAAAGCUGAGGGAAACGGGUAUUUCGCAACAGACGAUUUCUGCAUGGGAUGAGUUGCAGAAACAAAGCAGUGAAAGACUUCGCAAAAGUGUUUCUGUCAUGAGUGAAGAAACGGCAAAAGAUUUACAGGACAGUCUCAAGGAGGAGCAAAUUCUCAUCGAUCGCAAGUACGAAUUCGCAGGCGAAAUCUUACACGAGAAGAAAAUGGUGCCCAAAAGCAGUGCAGAGGCGCAACAAUAUCUGAAUAGCAUCCAGUUCAAGAAAACUCGAACUGGUCCCUCAGCAGCAACAAAGGCAGCUACCAACGAACAAGGGCUGAAACUCAGAAAAGUGCUUAAAAGACCGCCCAUACUGGAGCAGAUCAUAGCGGGGGCUUUGAAACCAAAACUCACCACUCUGGAAAAAUCAAAACUAGAUUGGGCCACGUACGUGGACAAAGAGGGUAUCAACGAAGAACUCACGCUGCACAACAAAGACGGUUAUCUUGAGAAACAAGAUUUCUUGAAUCGUGUUGAAACGUUCAAAGACAAAAAAUACCGCCAAAUGCGCAAAACAGAGCUGCAGCAGAGAUUGGCAGGUUCUUGA